CAUAAGAUAAGCUAGAAAAAUGUUUAACUAUUUUUAGAUUUAAGAAUUUGACAAAGUCUUGCAAACUAGUUUCCGCACAUUCGGCUUGCACACAGCGAAGGAAGAGGAAUGCUUACCAAAGAUGAUUGUGUGACAUACAAGACCUUUCGUCGUCGAUGAAACGUCAACAUACAAUUUUGAAGAUGACUCUGGUGUUUGCAACAUGUUUGUUGUCGGUUAUCUCAGUACCCACGGUCUUUGCUCAGAUGGCGCAAAUGUCUGUUCAGCCUCCAGCCACAUCUGCCGACACUGUCUGCAAGGAAUCUGACACUGUAUGUUCAGUCCGACUUUUUGUUGAGCAUAAAUUGACUAUGAUACUUGAAAAGGAACAGGCUUUAAUUAAACCCCAAAACGGACGCUUAACCACCAGCACGAAUACAUCGACGUAUCUGACCCUGGAGCAAGAGAAACGUGUGAUCACGGCUGAUGGUUACAGGUCGAUAUUGGUUAUUGCAAUAAAUGGCCAGUUUCCAGGCCCAAGGAUUGAGGCAUACGUAGGCCAAACCAUCAACAUGACAAUCGUCAACAAGCUUCAUACAGAUAGCAUUACAGUGCAUUUGCAUGGUAUACAUCAGAAGGGAACUCCGUGGAUGGACGGGGUUGCAUUCAUCACCCAAUGUCCCGUUUUACCCGGACAGACCUUCAAUCAGGUGUUUGAAGCUUUUCCCCCAGGUACCAACAUGUAUCACGCCCAUAUUGGUGACCAAAGAAGUAUGGGCCUCUACGGAGCAUUUAUUGUUUAUCCUAGGAAAACACCUGAAGUAAUCGGCCUCAACCAGAUAGUUAUACUAUUACAGGACUGGAAUCACUUAAUGGACCCAGAAACGGCUUAUAACAGAAUGCUGACUCAACAAUUUGAUUUUGAUACUGGAAAAGUUAUUGACACCACUUAUUCAGUAGACAGGGCUAACUUCUCCAGAUUCGAAUUUCAAUCGGGAUUAAUCAACGGACAAGGGAGACACUGGGCUGAUGCAUCUACAAACAAUGGAAGCCCACUUCCGCGAUUUCAAAUUAGCUCCGGGGUAACUUAUCGUUUCCGAAUCAUUGGCGCCAUGACGCUUUAUCCGAUGAGAGUGUCAAUCGAAGGACAAACAUUUACGAUUAGAGGAUCGGACGCGUUCGACAUCGAACGAACAACUGUGCAGUCGUUAGUUAUACACCCCGGUGAGAGAUAUGAUUUCGUUUGGCAAGGACCUUCCAAUACUUCCCAAAAGCAGUAUAUGUUGGUUGCAGAGACCAUAGAGACACCAGAAAGCCUCAACAACAAUAAAUAUCACGCGGCUGAGGCCAUUCUUGAGAUGGUGGACGUUACUGGCCCGGUCAAUUUGAACCCUUCGAAGGCGGCUCCUCCAAAUUGCAAUAUAAUAAACUGCACUGUACUCAACUGUCCGUACCAGUUCUAUCCAAGAAAUAGCAAAACCACAUGUCUAACAUUCAAUGACCUUUUGAAUAACGACCCGAUUCGGGAAACGGAUAAGAUUAUCGGAAACAAAGUCGAUAACGAGUACUUCUUUAACUUCGGAUUUCCUGGUCAAAAUGGUAAUACUCCUGGCUCAGUAAAUGCUAGAGAAUUCAUAUUUCCUUCCGUCCCAAUGCUCACGCAGUCAGACGAAAUAAGCACACUUUGCGAUGAAGGAAAAUGCAGGCGGGAAUGGAUGUGUGCAUGUUCGUAUACACAAAAUAUUCCUUCUGACAAACUCAUCCAGAUGGUUUUCACUAACAUAGGAAACGGAGCAGGAUGGUCACACCCUAUUCAUCUGCACGGUCACUCGUUCUAUGUCAUGAAGAUGGGACUAGGAACGUACAACCCUGAUAAAGGUGACCUCAUUGCCCAAAAUCAAGACAUUAUUUGCACCGACGGCAGGGAGUUCUGCAGCACAAUGAGAUGGAGAGAUUCGUCCUGGGAUAACGGAAAUGUCACUGGAAUGAAUGAUGAUCCGCCACAAAAAGACACAAUCGUGGUUCCAACUGGAGGCUACGUGGUGGUGCGGUUUAUCUCCGACAACCCCGGUAUGUGGUUCCUACAUUGUCACAUCGACCUGCACAACACCAACGGCAUGGGGAUGGUGAUAGACGAAGGAGAUACAAAGCCAACUACACCGAUAGGGUUUCCUGUUUGUCGCAACUUCGAAUUUAAAGGACUUCCAACUAAAUCUACUAGCAUGGCAACUAGGUUCAGAUUUGGGGCCGAAAACAUCAUUGCACUUGGCCUAGUUUCUAUUUGGUUCACUAUGCAGUUUUAAGAUGACAUUCAUAACAUGUGCAAAUAUUUUACUAUUUCACUAUUUGAUAAAAGCACAUUAAGUUACUGCAGAGAUACGUCUACAUGCACGCGAAUAUUUAUGUGUGAUUAUGUUAAUUAUUAUGCCUUUGUAUUAUAUUCUGUAUUCGGUCAUACAAGGAGGAACGAACUAAAGCGAUUUGUACUAUAAAUGUCUGAUUUUUUUCAAUUAUAAAUCCUUUUAUAUUUGUGUUUUUAGUAGAAAAUAUAAAGCUUGCGACUGUGUUCGCUCGUGCCCUGCAGACACCUUGCUAGUCAAUCAUAAUGCUAAAUUUGUUACAUGACACAUGCGCACGUGUGUGUUAACAGUAUAAUCAUUUUCAAAAGUUCGAUUUGUUUAUAAUACUUAUGCAAUUUAAACAUUUAGUAUCAAUUCUACGUAAUCUAAUACCAGAUUUGUUUUUGACCAACGUAGCUUAUACCUACUUAAGUAAAACGGACGGUAAAUAAUAAGCGAUUAAACUAAGGCGCAUACACUCGUUUUUAUAACCAUAGUGAAUGCCUUUUUAAUAUCUAACAAGAGUGUAAAAUGUGUGGCCUUAGUGAUAACCCUGAAUUAAAGCUCGGAAUCAAUAUAAAGUGUUUAGAGUGUAAAAUUUGAAUAUAAAUGUAGUUUAACAAGCAAUAAAUUAUAAUUACAAUUUGCUACUUGCUGUAAAUUGCACUUUUUUGGACCAGCAAAUUGAGAUUAAGGGGUUAUUUUUCAGUUGUUAAUUGAUAGGUUUUUUAUUGAUAGACAUGUUGUGAAUAUACAUAAUGGUAAUAGAACAUAAUGAAUACUGAACUUGAAGGAAACACUUUAAUGUUCGUUUAUGGUCGGUAAAAUGCACCCGUUGAACGAGUCGGAAUGACAAACAAAUUCCAACUUGUGCUUUUAGUUGCAAUAACUCCAAUUUAUUUUCACUUCAAAGAUUAAGGUCUUGAAACUACUCCCACCGCACAAACAGUAAGGAGCAGCAUGACAUUUUGCCAAUACAACUUUAUCAAAUAAAUUGAUACGGAUAACGUGUACGAGUAGUUAAAAUGUAAACUUGUAUUACACUUUGAAUUUAAGUAUGUUAACAUGAUUACUAAACAAAAUUAUAUACAUAUGAUUUAUAUACAAUAACGUGUAUACGCAAUAAGAGACAAUCUUUAACAGAUAUGAUUGUAAUCUUAGUAUCAUAAUUUUAUCUCUACGUAUAAAAUGUAUCUUGGCUCAAUAAAACAUGUUUGUUCAGA